AUGCAGGUACACAGGUUUCAGUACUGUUACAAUACCCGACUCGAACCUGUCAUACAUUGGAUAUGUCUGGAACAGUAUGAUUGAAUGUACAGGCACGGAGUCCUAUGCUACAGAAUGUAUAGUCGGUACUUGGAAAGCCGAGCAGCAGACAAGGUCGUUAUAUCUUUCCCGUCUUCAUUGCUUUGAAUUUUUAGUAACAGGUCUGCGCCUACAGGGUGGAGUACUUCCCAAUGAAGGAAGAUUUGAAGUCAAAGUUGACGGUAGAUGGGGUACAGUUUGUGUUAAUGCGAGGGCUUGGGGCUCAGUCAGCGAAGAUGACUUGUGUAGACUUCUUGGAUAUGUAAGGGAGAGUCUAGAUUCACCUUCAAUGACAACAGAACACUUUGACGAUACGGAGGAGGUCUGGAUGUCUUAUCCAAGAUGUAACUCCACAAACACAGAUAUCAACGGGUGUAGCAAAAUUAAGGGUGUUUAUGAAGGGUGCAAUGUACAUACAUAUGAUAUGUACUUGAAAUGUGACCCUGUGCAGAUAGUUGAUGGUGCCUGGCCAAAUUCAGGCCGGAUUGAAGCCGGCAUACGAGGUCAGCUGCAAUCAUUUUGUGAGACUGGAAUAGACAUGGAAGUUGCAAACAUUACAUGUAACAUUUUAGGAUACAACGGUGCAAAGACACUUUCUUCCGGUGGAAGCAACGGCAGCUCUGUAUACAGUGGUAGGGUGGAGUGUAAAGGCACUGAAUCGUCAUUAGAAAAUUGUAAUUUCAUUGAUGACACAAAUAUAAAUUGCAAGGAGUCCGGAGUUGCUUACAUCACUUGUCAGGGAGGUCCUGCAAAGAUAAUUCCUUUUGACAAAAAGCCGUAUGAAGGAGUGUUUGUUCAUUAUUACAUGAAUGAAUGGAGACAUAUUGGUACUGCUGUAUCAGACACAACUGCUGAAACAUUAUGUAAUAUUCUUGGAUUUGGAUCAGAAGGGUAUGCUGUGAUGAUAUAUGGCGAGGUUGAUGGCGGCACAGAUAUAUUUGAAUCCAUGGUUUGCAAAGGAAACGAAUCUGAAGUUGCUGAAUGUGUUUCUGGUCUGUACAAACAACAGACAUGCUACGACUAUUGCAACCGUCCUUUAUUUGGAGCUGUUGCCUUAUACUGCGCGGAUUAUGAAAUCGAUAGUAUAAGGUUGGUGAACGGUUUGUCAAACAGGGAAGGUGCUGUUCAGGUAUUGGUGGAUGGAGUUUGGGGAUAUGUCUGUGCAACUGAAUGGAAUACCGCAGAUACAAACGUUGCCUGCAAAACACGCGGCUUCACUUUCUUAUCAAUCACUGGGGCAAACUUUGGCUUAUGUCCAACAGUUUUCAUAGAAGUGUUGCCUUCGAAAGCUAUAUUAACCUACGGCUGUCCUCUCAUUUAUUUUGAACACAAAUUUCUACAUGUCUACAUUGCGAUAUUUUUCAGGUCAGGACUUGGUUACCGAAGUGUUCAAAGUCAGAAUGCGACUGUUCUGAUUGGACAUCUGCAAUGUACAGGGAGUGAAAGCCAUCUUAAUCAAUGCACCUACAAAAAGAAAGGACACUACGACCAUUCGGAAUCUUGCAGUGAUUAUGUUUAUGUCACUUGUACAAGUGAAUGUCGUCAAGGAUUUUAUGGUGACCAAUGUUUGCCAUGCGAAUGCAACGCCGCUAACACGAAAUCGUGUGACAUUUUGAGCGGUGGCUGUUUCUGUGUUGACGGUUGGACGGGUAAUUCAUGUAGCGAUGAUAUCGAUGAAUGCGCAACAGUUUCAAUUGUAUGUCCGACCAAUAAAAAUUGCGUUAAUAGUCCAGGAUCUUACACAUGCGAGUGUGAGCUUGGAUUUAUGGAAGUUGGAGAUACUUGUAAAGGUGUGUAUAAAAUUAAGGCUUAUGUACAGUUUUAAAAUUAUUCAGACCUACAUAAAAUAUUACCAUCUUUAAAAGAAGAAACAGAUAGGC